CUCCACAGGCCAGUACAGCACGGACGUCAAAUAUUCAGUGCUUCCCCUAACAAACAAAUACAGUAAUUCGUGAUGGAUCACGCUGAAUUCAGAGUAAAAGCAAAGGAGAUGGUGGACUACAUAGCUGACUACCUGGAGAACAUCCGGGACCACCGCGUGUACCCCGGGGUGCAGCCCGGGUACCUGCAUAAGAGGCUGCCGACACACGCACCGCAGCUCCCGGAGAAAUGGGAUGACAUCUUCAAGGAUGUAGAGGACCAUAUCAUGCCGGGGAUCGUGCACUGGCAGAGUCCGCAUAUGCAUGCGUAUUUCCCCGCACUCACCUCGUACCCGUCCAUCAUGGGAGAAAUGCUGUCCAGCGCACUUAACGUGUUAUGUUUUACUUGGGCGUCGUCACCAGCGGGCACGGAGCUGGAGACAAUAGCCAUGAACUGGCUGGGCAAGCUGCUGGGUCUACCGGACUGCUUUCUCAACGAGAAGAAUGACAGUCCAGGCGGUGGAGUCAUACAGACAACAGCCAGUGAGGCUACCCUGGUGAGUCUGCUGGCGGCCAGGACCAGGGCGCUGGUGGAGCUGGCUAGCCUCAACCCCGACCUCCAGUCCUCGGAGCUGCUCGGACAUCUCAUCUGCUACUGCUCCGAUCAGGCGCAUUCCUCCGUGGAGAAAGCUGGACUCAUUGGUCUGGUGAGGAUGCGCUACAUAGAGUCUGACGAGCACCAGUGCAUGCGCGGCCCGGCGCUGGAGGAGGCGAUAGUCAAUGAUAAAGCCAAGGGUCUCGUGCCGUUUUGGGUGUGUGCAACAUUGGGCACGACGGGUUCGGUCGCGUUCGACAACUUGCGGGAGAUCGGUGAGGUGUGCGAGAAGCACUCCGCCUGGCUGCAUGUGGACGCCGCCUAUGCUGGGAGCGCCUUCAUCUGCCCUGAGUAUAGACAUUGGCUUGAUGGCGUAGAGAUGGCGGACUCCUUCGCUUUCAAUCCGUCCAAGUGGCUGAUGGUGAACUUCGACUGCACAGCCAUGUGGGUCAAAGACAGCACGGCUCUCCAUAGGACCUUCAACGUUAAUCCGAUUUACCUGCGUCAUGAGAACUCCGGCAAAGCAAUUGAUUAUAUGGUUGGAUCUCAAAAAGCAAAUACACGAAUGCGAAUAAAUAGCAAUGAAAGUGCUGAUAAAGUGAUUGGAAACGAUGAUGAACCAUUCACCAAAGUGAACGGAAACAGCGAUGAACAGAACACUAUCAAUGAUGAAGGCUACACAGGUGAUGAUUUCGAUCAAGACAACGGAGGAAAGAAUCUUCAUGGAUACAACAAUAUGUCGUCAGGUUGUGGUGAACAAAUACAACUGGAGAAUCCAGAUAAGAAGGAACCUUUACAUUGGCAAAUACCUCUUAGCCGACGAUUCCGUGCUCUAAAACUGUGGUUCGUUUUGAGGAACUACGGCGUGGUUGGUCUACAGAAGCACAUUCGUGAGGGCGUACGCUUGGCUCAAAAAUUUGAGGCUCUUAUAUUGGCCGAUCAACGUUUUGAAAUUCCACAAGCAAGGAAUCUUGGUAUGGUCGCAUUUCGCCUGAAGGGAGAUAAUACUCUCACUGAAAUGCUUUUAAAAAGAUUGAAUGCCCGUGGCUACAUUCACGCUGUGCCAGCUUGCUUCAAAGGAGUGUACGUGAUUCGUUUCACAGUAACGUCACAGAGAACUACCAAUCAGGAUAUCUUAGAUGACUGGAAUGAAAUAAAGACCGUAGCUUCCGAAAUCCUGGUUGACAUGUUCGGAUCGGAAAAUGGAAAUAUAGCUACUGUGAAGAAACCGAGGAUCUCGUUGAAAGAAACUCGGGAGUUGAACGCUACGUUUGGAACCAGCCUGCUCCUCGCUAACAGUCCUAUGAGCCCGAAGAUCGUGAACGGGACUCACGUUGCGAUUUGCGACUACGAGCAAGUCCUCUCCGCCUGCGCUCAAACAUUUGCCCAACUGAAAAUGGAGCCCAAGGACAGCCCUGAAAUGCGCAGACGCAUCCGUGGUAUCCGCAUGUGCGGUAAGAAGUUCUCUCUCGACUCUUGCAUGGACAUGGUGCAAGGGCUGAUGGUGGAACAAUCCCUUCCACUUUGCUCUGAGGAGGAAAGGGAAGACGCGUCCAAUGGCUCAAGCUCGGGAGGACACUCAUCAAUAUCAACAUCACCAGCCACCUCCUCCCACGCCAUCAAACAAGACGCAUCCGGAGAUUUCAACCAGCUCCCGAUACCAGGUACCCCGUCCAGGCAACCCAGGUCAAGAUCCUUCGAUAUGACCCUCGCCGGCCUAAAACUUGAUGACGCUAUAAUAUCCGUGAACGUCAAGAAAAACGAAAUAACAAUAACUCCCACUGCAACGAAAAAUAUAGAAAAAGAUUUGAUACAUUUCAAUGUUUUAGAGGAGACUCUUAGCAUUGGAGAAGAAUACGAACUGAACAAUGAGAAUGAAGUUAACAAUUCCGAAGAAAGAGAUGUUGUUAAAGAUAUUGAUGAAAAACUCACUAUAAAAGGUCCAGGGAACUACAUCAGGAAAUUAAUUCAGCAGUUUAGUGAAGGUCCUUUUGAAAAUGAAGAGUCGAAGCAGGAACCCGAUAGGGCUAUUGUACCUCAGACGAUCAGAGGGAAGGCGGAUGCAAUUUGCAAAAAGUGCUUUCAUUACAAAGGGAAAUUCGCAAAGUAAAUUUUGUAGGAAAAUAUACGUAUCAUUUAAAAGCUUCAAUAUUUACACGAAUG